UUUUUGUGUUUGUGCAAAGUGCAUAAGUAAACAUAACCGUAAACAUUAACAAAUAACAAUCAACAAAGUGCAAACGAAUACAAAUGUGAUGCAUCAUCAUCUUAUCACAUUAACGCGCAUAAUGUGAAGAGUAGUGGAAAUACCUGAUUACGUCUGAUGUCCCUGCUUUAGUGUUCAUUCCCUAUAGCGCCUAUUUACCCCUAUUAACACCUGUACCAAGAGUGCGAGUUACAAUGCAUAUAGCAAACGUAUUUUUGUUGUCGGUUGGCAUUAUAUAGUAUAAAGCCUCGCAAUGUGUGACUUAAGAAAAUCAACGAAAAAAUCAAAGCGGAAAACAAUUUCUCAAACGUAAAUGUGUGAAAAGAAAAGAAAAGCGAAAACGUGUAUAAAUCUUACAAGGAAAUAAGGAAAACCCCAAGCACUUUUGUUACACUUCACUGACGACCCGGAUGAGCUGAAAUCAACGAAUAUAAUCAAAGUAAAUUGAUUAGGAAAUGUUUGUACAACGAAAAGUAGUUGUGAAGCGGGAAGGAAACAGGAAAUGUUAAGAAAUAAUUGAUUGUUAUUUGGCGGGGCGGGAAAUUAACACUUUUUAAAGAUAUCCGACCAAGGCAGGGGGAAUAACAGAACUGAACUUUUGGUUGCGGGCGGAGUGACAAACGUAAUGGGUGGCAGUCUGGCCGAACUGCAGAUCGUAUUAGCCAACAAUAGAGAAGAGGGACCCCAACAGACAAUAGCGAGAAUUGUUGCCAAACACCACAACCACAACAGCAAACACAGGAAGCAGCAGCUGGAAGUGCUCGAGUUCGAGUGGACAAUGCACGAGAAACUGCUGGAGGAGACACGCAAAGACACAAAGACUGACAAAGUGCAGCUCCUGGGACACGCCAAGGAGAAGCCCAAAGAGAAGCCGCCACACAAGCAAUCGAAACUCGCCGAGCGACUGCGACGAUCCUUUCGCCAUCGUGAGCGCAGUCCGCUGGAGUUGAAGCGUGAGGACAGCCAAGACAAUAAGAAACGACCAGCUGUGGUCGUCGCCAGUCAGGUGCAGUUGCCUGGCCUGGGAUUGGGAUUGGGAGGAGUUGGAGGUGGAGGACACAUUAAUACGGCGUUGCUGCUCGACAGUCCCGACGAGUGCACGCCGCCCGAGUUUGCCUACGAGCAUCUGAGCAGCGUUGCCACCAACACGAACUCGAGCAGCUCGCUCGAGAGCAGCAGCUGCUACGAUCUCGGAUCGCAGUCGAACAUCUAUUAUUGGUCCUGUCAGCAGAGCUUCGAAAUGGGCGGCGAGCUGAGCAGCGAGCUGCCCGAGCAGCUGCUCAAGCGACGCAACGAAGCACCUGUUAACUCUGCCACACUAACUCAAAGCAGUAUUCCAACAGCAGCAGCCCCAACAGUUGCUGCAGCUUCCUCCACAUCAGCAGCAGCAGCUGCUGCUCCUGCGACAGCCAGUCGCAGCUGCAGCUUGACCAGCGAGAGCAGCUCGGUGCGCAUUACGAGGCUGCAGAACUUUCUGUUCAAAAGCAGCAACGAGAGCACUCGCAGCUUUCAGGGACACUCAAACGAUGGCUUCACUGCCUCCUCAUACAACUCGUCGUCGGGGGAAUGGGAACAACUUGGCACGCAUGUUGUCUCGCACGAUCUGAACACUUCUUCGUUUCCCGAGGAGACGGCCAACUAUGACACAGAUGUAGAUGGCACGCUGCCCGUGGAGAGCAGCGAUGCGGGUGCAUAUUAUCAGUACACGCUGACGUCACCCAACAAUCCGUUUCUGCCCGAGAUUACCGCACGCACCUAUCACAGCACUUACGAGCAGGAUGAUCUCCAAGAGCAGCCCGAGGAACUGCAGCGUUCCACUCAAAUGCCGACGCCCAGCUACAGUCGAGCCGGCUCGCAGGAGUCCACAUACAGCGACGCAGGACCACAAGGACCCACGCCCAGUCCGGCAUCGAGUUCAUCGUCAACGCCUGGGCGACACAGGCGCAAGCUCUUCAGCUUGAACUCGCCCACGCGGCUGCUGCAGCACAAGGAGCACAAUUCAGCAGGACAACAGCAAACACAUUCCCAUCAACAUCCUCUUCAUCAUCAUCAACAGCAGCAGCAGCAGCAGCAACAGCAUCAGCUGCAUUCGCAACAACGUGUGGCGAUGUCCAGUUCACCCACGACGGACAGUCUCAGCUCCACGGUGCUGGUGCACACUCUGAAUCCAUUUCUGCCCACGGCCACUUCGCCCAUCGCCGUGCCCGCAGAUCUGAGGACCAAACGUGACGAGUUUCUACGUGCUACCAUGAAAAUCUGUCUAGUUGUCUCGCCGCCCACGAGCAAACUUCAACUGAAAUCAAAAAGUCUCACCCACUUGGAUGGCCUCGACACGGUGGUGCCAUGCCAUCACGAAGCAGCCGCACCCACAACGACAACGACGACGACGACUGCCCCCGGGACUCUGAUACCGCCUCUCGAUUCCUUUGGCCACCAACAGCAACAGCAGCGGCUGCUGGCGUCCUCCUCCUCCUCGACCCACGAGAAACCGGCAUCGAGUGCGGAAUACUUUUCGGUAUCCUUUUGCCUGGAAACACCGCAGUUGCCCGACGAGGAAUUCAUCCCCGCGAUCAAGGGCAGAACUCUGCAGCAUGCACUUAGACAGGCAUUGGACAGACGGAACCUGAGCUUCUCCCAGAUCACGGUCACCGACAGCAAUCCCAGCCUCAGUCACCUGGACACGGGUGCAGCGAGUAGUUUACUGGACGAGCACACCGACGUAGAGAGCUUGGCUGGACAUCAUCUGGUGGUCACCGAGCGCGACAACAGUCGCAAGACUCUGCAGAAAGCAGCUUCAUUUGGUUCUCGUCAACGACCACCGCGUCUGCUCUCCUCCGCCUCGACAGAGGAGACCAGUGAAUCGACGGGCAAACAGAUUAAGCAGCGUUGGUCUUCCAUAUUUGGCAUCAAAAAUCCACAGCAGAGUCAACUGUACGAGCUGCUGAACAACUUUGCCAAGAAUGGUGUGCCACAGCGUCCCGAUGCUUUGGGCUUUGAGCAUGCAACACUCUCGGAUUCGUUGGACUAUUUGCAGAAUAUGGACAAGACAUGGCGGGAUUUCGUUGACAGCGAGGCGAUGAGUGAUAGCGAGAUUAAGAUACAAACUGCCAUCUGGGAACUGGUCACCACUGAGGUUUACUACAUACACGCAUUGCAAACUGUGACAGAUCUCUUUCUGGCCUGCUUGGAGGCGGUGCAAGAGGAACGCCUGCUGAUUGAGGUCGAUCAGCAUCGGUUGUUCUCCAACAUACGUUCUGUUUGCGAGGCAAACAUCAAGUUCUGGACACUCUGGUUGUAUCCGAUGGUGGCGCAUAGCGCGCGGACACGAGAGCCACUGAAGUGCGCCUUCUUCCAGGAGGGCUUCAUAACAUUUGCCUCCACAUUUGCGCCCUACAAAGUCUACUGUGCAGAGCAGAGCACGUGUCAAUUUUACUGCAAGGAGCUGAACCAGAACAACGCUCUAUUCACCGCUUAUUUGGCUUGGUGUGAGUCCCAGAAGAUGUGCAAUCGCCUGCGCCUGGCCGACAUUGUGGUGCGUCCCAUGCAACGUCUGACCAAAUACAGCUUGCUGCUGACUGCCAUUCGUAAGCAAAUGGACGAUGUGGAGGAGAUCGAGGUGAUGGAUAUUAUGAUACACAGUGUGGAGAAUUUUGUGGGCAGUGUGAACAAUCAUCUGACCAUGCGGCAGGAGAGCGAACGCCUCAAAGGCGUCAUGGCGCGCAUUGAAUCCUACGAAGUGGUGGACACCAACAACGAGGUGCUGGACAAGCUGAUCAAGCAGCACAGCCAGAUGUUUGAUUUGUGCGCUCCGAUGCGAGGUUGUCCCGCUUAUCAGGUGCGUCAUCUGUUCAUGGAGGGCGAUCACAAGUUCAAGGACAACGUCAGCAAGAGUGAUGUGCACUGUUUUCUGCUGACCGACAUAUUGCUCGUGUGCAAAACGAUUGCCCGCAAGGGAUUGGGCGCUCUUAAGGUUAUUCGACAGCCAUAUUUAACGGAUCAUUUGAUUGUGCAUCUGGCGCCCAAUAAUACGCUCAAUUGUGUGUAUCUCAAUGAGUUCCAUGUGGCGACGACAGCGUUUACGCUGCAGUGCACGGAGGCCAAGAACUGGUACGAUGCCCUCUGGCGGGCCAAGACCAUCUAUCAAAGACUGAAGCGCGGCAUUAGCGGCAAUGGCGGUGAUAGCUUCCGCUUUGGAGGCAGUGCAGCGAGUGCGGCUACUGGCGAUUCGCUGGGUGUGCGCAAGUCGCCCAUCAAUUCGUCCAUGUGCAGUCAUGUGUCCAGUGCCAACAACAGUCACAGCGGCAGCGUCGAGUGGAACGAUUCACGCAACAUUUCCGUCGACUUUGAGAAGACCAACUCCCUCUCCAGCGAUGAUGGAUUCAGUUUGAUGGCUAAUCAUGGGCAGCCAUCGAAGAGUAAACAGCAUUUGUUUGCUGGUUUGCCCAAGCCAAAGAUUGGCACAAUUUCCUCCACGUCAAACAACACGCUGUCCGUGCAGCCCGUCAACCAUUUGGGCCAGAGUCUGCCCAACUUGAGCAUACCGCACAGUCAGACUAACAACACCUUGCUUGUGCCGGGCACAACAACUAGUCACUCGGGCAACUUAUUGUUAUCGCCCAGUCACCGCGGCAUUUCGUAUCCGCCACCGAGCCCAACUAGAGUGCCUCUGCGACGUGGCAUGGCCUUCUCGACGUCAACGAAGAACCCACCCCUGCUGAAGACACGCAAUAUCACUUCUCAGAACAGUAUUAACUGGCAUCAGAUACCCGCCACGCCCACACCGCCCAGUCCGCGAUCGCACCACAACUCGCCCGGCAGCACCGCCCAAGGCUAUGAGGCAAUCGGUGGUCCAGGUGUUGGUGGCCCGCCGCUGCUCCAGAAGCAGAUCUCCCAUCAGACGCCGUUGCAAAGUCUCCAGCGACACCCAAGCAAUGAAACAGACGUUUAACAAUUUUACAAUUUCAAUAUAUCAUCAAUGCAAUGCAAAAGCUUUAGCUAAACACAGUGAACAGUGAAGAGAAUAGAAUACACUUUUUGGGUCCAAAAUAAGAUACAAAUACAAAGUAUAUAUACACCUACAUACAUACAUACAUAUUAUAACUUACAUUCCAAGAAAAAACAAAACUAUAUUCUAUAUACAUAUGUGCUCCCCAUUCCCAUUGUCUAUCCAAGUCUACAUACAUAUCUAGAAAUCGAUAUAAUGAAAACAAAAACAAAACAAUUCUUAGAAGCUAUACGAAUGGUACUCUUCCAAAUAAAGAAAAAGACAUUGACAGCAAACACACAUUUUCUAUAUCAAUGAACAAAUAUGCCAUACACAUAACCAACAUUUAUAAUAUGUUACAAUAAUAUGUAUAUAUACAUACAAUAUACAUAUGAUAAGAUAGCAGUUAUAUAUUGAUUAUACCAUAUACUAUGUUGACCACAUCGAUCGAUCGAUCAUCGCGUCCGUCUGAAAACUAUUUGAAUUCAACUUAAAAAGUUCUUAAGUAAGCGGCCAUAUCAGACUACCAUAUAACAUAUAUAAAGAUUUCUCCAUAUACUAUUUGCCAUUUGAAAUGUGAAAUUUAGUUUACUGUUGGACAGUUUUUAAUUAUUUGUAGUAUAACUAUUUUAAAAGCGCAACAAGAGACAACAACAAAGUUACAAAAAAGAAUAAGUAAAUAUGAUUAUAUGUAGUGCUGUAGUUGGGUUUUAAUGUAGACCUAGACAGAGGGGAUCUUCCAUUUAAGCACUCUCGUUUUUAGUUAAACAAAGACAUAGAUAUAGAAAUAGAGCCACCACUAAAUAUGUACUUAACUAUGCUUAAACACACUAAUCUAUUCAACUUAAAUUUGUCCUGCAAAACUAUCCAUAGUAUCAAUAGAAUUUAACGUAUAUAGUUUUAUUAACUAUUAAAAAUUACACUUUAAAUUACAGAAAUAUUUUAUUCUAAAUUUAACUUUUAACUGCAUGCAUUUGAAAUCAUUUUAAAUUAAUCAAUAGUAUGGCGAUAGUCAGAGUUAAUCGUUAUCCACAAUCGAUAGUUUUGCAGCACUAAAAUGAUUGUAUCCAAAGCGCAGGGGUUCUUUCCAAUACUUCGGCGAACUCUAAUUAAUUUGUUCUACAUACAGUUCAUGCUUCUGCCCAAAAUAAUCCUGUUGCAUACAUUCACUUUAAUUGCGGACAUUACAAUUAUUUCAAAUAUGUGAUAGCUUACAUAAUAUGGCUUUAAGCAAGUCUAAUAAUGUUAAUGAUGAUGUUACUAAUCAAUUCAAAAUGAUUUGUCUCUGUUAGUUGAAUAGUUGUUUACCGAUAGACAUCUAGUGCCUAAGGAAUGAUUACCGCUCUUCCUGCCAUUAAUAUUACCCAAUAAUCGUGGUUAUUUUCUGGCUAAUUUAAUUAUACCUAUCCAUCAUAUUAACUGCACUACUUAUUACUUAAUCAAAACAAAAGGAAAUAAUAAUAAUUAACGAUCCAAUAGUGCAACAGUAAGAUUGCUGUCUAGCGUAGACUAUAAUUAAAAAAGUAAAGCAAAGAUAUGGAAGUUCAACAUUGUAAUGUGAAAUUGUAUUAGUUGUUACUCGGUAAAAUUAGUUUUAUACAUUAAAAAACAAGAAAACGAAGACAACAUGUGACAUACGUUCUUAAUUACACUUAAGCUACAAAUAUAAUUGUUUUUAUUGUUAGUGUACAAAUGAAAUGAUUAAUAAUUACAUAAGUAUAUACUUAUAUAUAUAUAUUAUGUUGUAGUCAUGAACAGUUAAAUUGUAUUUACAGUGAAAGCAUAUUUUAAAUAUUUACACAUAUUCUGGAUUAAUAUACAUAGCUACUCCCACAGUAUUAUUAAGCGUGCAAUUGAGAAUGUAUUUUAAGUAUACAGACAUAUACAUAAACAUACAUAUAUUUCCAAUAUAAACUGUAGUGUUCUGUUAUAUCAGAAAGCGCAAAAAGAAAAAGAAAAAUAAAACUAAAAACCAACACACGAUGGAGAUUUCAAAAGGAA